UUUCUUUAUGAUUUUGUUAUACAGAAGUACGGGAUUUGCUGAGAACUUGGAGAGAAGAUUCUGAGCGACGAAGUAAAGAUGUAGUAGACUUUUGGGAAAAUACACUGAUGGGAAAGAUCGAUCGUUUGGGCAACGAAAAGUAUCUGGUUCUGGAACAAGUGUGUGUCGCCGCAUUGGAUUGUUAUCGAUUACCGUUAGCCGAAUAUUGCAUCAAAAUUUUAAUGCGCGCCUUUCCUGGCAGUUUACGCGUUCACAAGUAUCACGCCAUGCAUUUGGAAGCGUUAGAAAUGUAUGAUGAAGCGAUGGAAGUUUUGGAUUCCAUCAUAAAGAGAGAUGAGACCAAUGCCGCGCCAAGAAAACGUCGUGUCGCUAUUUUGAAGGCUCGGGGACGUAUACCAGAAGCAAUUAAGGAGCUUACAGAGUAUUUGAAAAGAUUCAUGAGCGAUCAAGAAGCAUGGCACGAGCUGUGUGACCUAUAUUUACAAGAACAGGAAUAUUCCAAAGCAGCUUAUUGCAUGGAAGAACUUAUAUUACAUAAUCCACACAGUCAUUUAAUUUACCAAAGAUACGCGGAAAUAAAAUAUUCUCAGGGCGGAUUUGAAAACAUGGAACUAGCAAAAGCAUAUUUCUGCCAAGCUGCAAAAUUAAAUCCAAAUAAUAUCAGAGCUCUAUAUGGCUUGUUAUUAACGACAAAUAAUAUUGCAACAUCACCUAAAUGUCCUUCAACCAAGAAGAAGGAAGCGAUGAAACUGAGUGAGUGGGCUAGUAAACAAAUUGAGAAACAAUAUGAAAGUAAAGUUCUAAAUGAAGACAUUAAAAAUGUAGAACGUUUACUAGGACAAUUGCAACUUGAAGCUUAGGUAUUAUGAUAUUUAACGAUUCUUAUAUUUAUUUCAAUUUUGCGAGAUAUAUGUAAGUGAUAUAUGUUUAAAGAUAUUGCAAUAUCAAUUUCCAAAGAAUCUACCGAACCUGAAAAACUUUAGAUGCGUUUUUUAACUCUGUGUAGUUAAAAAAAAACGUAACAAAAUCUGAUCAGAAUACAUUUCGGACGGUAUUUUUUCUUAUUUUAAUAUUCAUUUAUAUAUAACGUACGUACAUUACGCUGCAGUUAAUUUUGUCUUGUUCCAGGUAAUUUUGUCAAUAUCCAUAUACAAUUGUAUGUGUUGAUAUAUUAGUUAAUUAAUCUAUUAGUACCAUUGUCGAGUUUUAUGUGCACCAUACGUAAUUACCUUCUGAAUAUACGUAUUCGUAUUUCCGUACCUUACCGUAUAUGUUAUUAAGUAAAUGUUAUGAUCAUUGAUUUUGUAAUUGUCGUCACUCUUUCGACUCUGUAAUAACUCAUUCAGUAUCAUCGUUAUUUCAUUGGUAAUUAGGUAUCGGUUAUAUCUUACAUUUAUUAAUACAAUAAAAAACGGUGUUGAUGGAUAGGAUA